AAAAAAACCAUUGAGAGGCUUACAUGUGUAUCUGAUUCGACACAAUUUCAGUCACAUAAAUCAAAGUAAAAGAAAACUCGAAGCGGAGGCUCGUUCUGUCCACGCACCAAGACGACGCCGCCGCCUCUGUUAGAAGUGUUUAUGUUUAAGAAACUAGCUCAGGCAUAGGCAUAUACACACCAUUACUCUUAACUCUAUAUUCUCUUCACUCAACACAGUUUUGCAAAUCAUUUCUAUCAACUCUCAUGGCUUCUGCAAUUGCUCCAACUUCAGCUCCUUUUCUCAAGAAGAAAGAGUUGGGUCUCUCUUCUUUCUCGUCGUCACCGGAAUUUUCUGUUCAGAGAUGCAAGAGAACGGUCUCCAAGAAGAUUUGUUCGGUCAUGACGCCGCAGCAAUCAGAACGCAAGCCCGCCACCACUGGCUCGGUCAAGACGGCGAUGACGAUGACCGAGAAGAUUUUCGCCAAGUCUUCUGAGAAAAGCCAUUUGAGCCCGGGUGAGAAUGUUUGGGUUAAUGUUGAUGUUUUGAUGACUCAUGAUGUCUGUGGCCCUGGUUCCUUUGGCAUAUUCAAGAAAGAGUUCGGCGAGAAUGCUAAGGUUUGGGACCGUGAAAAGAUUGUGAUCAUACCUGAUCAUUAUAUAUUUACAAGUGAUGAACGUGCAAAUCGCAAUGUGGAUAUCUUGAGAGAUUUCUGCACUGAACAAAACAUCAAGUACUUUUAUGAUAUAAAAGAUCUGGGUAACUUUAAGGCUAAUCCUGAUUACAAAGGUGUAUGCCAUGUAGCUCUUGCUCAAGAAGGUCAUUGCAGACCUGGAGAGGUCCUGCUAGGUACAGACUCUCAUACCUGUACUGCUGGAGCUUUUGGACAAUUUGCUACUGGAAUUGGAAACACUGAUGCUGGUUUUGUGUUGGGAACUGGGAAGAGUCUGCUGAAGGUGCCACCAACCCUCAAGUUCGUUAUGGAUGGUGAAAUGCCAGAUUAUAUUCUUGCUAAAGAUUUGAUUUUACAAAUUAUUGGUGAAAUAUCUGUUGCUGGUGCAACAUAUAAGGCUAUGGAAUUUGUCGGCUCAACAGUUGAAAGUUUAAGUAUGGAAGAAAGGAUGACAUUGUGCAACAUGGUUGUGGAAGCUGGGGGAAAGAAUGGUAUAGUUCCUGCAGAUAACACUACAUACAAGUACCUUGAGGAUAAGACAUCUGUACCCUAUGAGCCUGUGUUCAGUGAUGCUCAAGCAAGGUUUCUUUCUGAGUACAGAUUUGACAUCACAAAAUUGGAGCCUUUGGUUGCAAAGCCUCAUUCUCCUGAUAAUCGUGCUUUAGCAAGAGAGUGCAGAGACGUGAAAAUUGAUAGAGUCUAUAUUGGAUCUUGUACUGGUGGUAAAACAGAGGAUUUCCUUGCUGCGGCUAAAGUUUUUGUAGCUUCGGGCAAAAAGGUUAAAGUUCCCACAUUCCUUGUCCCAGCUACCCAAAAGGUGUGGAUGGACUUGUAUAGUCUUCCAGUGCCAGGAUCCGGUGGGAAGACUUGCUCCCAGAUAUUUGAAGAGGCUGGUUGUGAUACGCCUGCUAGCCCUAGUUGCGGUGCUUGUUUGGGUGGUCCAAAAGACACUUAUGCACGCAUGAAUGAACCUAAGGUUUGUGUGUCGACAACAAACAGAAACUUUCCAGGCCGAAUGGGACACAAGGAAGGCGAGAUAUAUCUUGCUUCCCCAUACACAGCAGCAGCAUCUGCAUUGACUGGCUAUGUCACCGACCCAAGAGACUUCUUACAGUAGGAUGUUCUCAUAGUCUUCGAUAUGAACUUGACUAAGUUUGUGAGUACUUCUGGACCUUAUGUUGUUCUUCUGUGGGGACUGGGGAGGGUAAAGCUUGACUUAAGUUUCUGCGUAGAAUCAAUGUGGAGCAACGUCUCCUGAGGUCUUACAAUGUCAUAUAUCCAUAUAUGUUUUGUUUAGGACAUUGACUUAUGAGUCUUGGGUGCCUUGACCUUGUUUGGGUCUGUAGCCAAUGUUUGCUGAAUAAAAGAUUACCUCGUUUUGAGUUCUUGUACUAGGAGAAUUGCUGUUUAUUAUUACUAGUACUAUAAUAGUUCUUAUUUCGGGCUCAAUUGUCCUUUUAUGGGAACUUUGAUCAGGAACUCUGAGGUUCAUUUGGAAAAAUGGUUUAGUUUUUUUUCUUUUCAA